AUGGGGAGAAUUGCGAAUCGUUUUAUUGGUGACCGCUCUAAGGAAGACCGUGUUAAGAGAGUGUUCCUUGUGAAUAGUAGUUCCGACAGUUACAAUAUCGGUCGAUCCGAAGCGCUCGAAAGAAAAGACCGCAUUACUACUUCUCGUUUCAACGGCGGUGGCGUCAAAAAAAAAGCUAACCAGAAACUAAAACGCUUCCGAAAUUAUUUCGCUUCAUUUAAAAAUGGUCGCUUCAACAAAAGUGAAAUCUCCAACCGUUUUCAGCAAAAGUUCGCUGAUAGCUAUAACAAUCAAUACUAUCACUGGAAGAAACCCGCUCAUAGUCAAAAGGACAAAGAAAAAUCAAGGCUAUUUUGGCGUUAUCGGUCAUUUUCAAAAUCGCGUGAAGAGUCCGGCACCACACACAGUAGUAUUAGGCCACCCUCAGGUUCCAGUUCGACGUCACGUGAAAGAACUUGUUCUGAGCCAAGCACAAAAUCCCUUUCCAGAUCACAGAGAAGAUCCCGUCCGAAAUCUUGCCAAAAAUUACGUUGGCACCCACGACCGAAGUUCCAGGCACGAGCAUCUCCAGUGAAAAAAGAUCGACUUCGACCUACCAACAUCGACAGAUAUAGAGAACCGCUCAAGGCUGGUGCGAAAUCAAAGUUCCUUGGAUCGUUACCUUUCUAUGGAAUAAUCAUCCAGAUCGCACUUACAAUCAUCAAAUUAUUUGUCAUCGGAUUUUCUCUUGAAGAAUACCUGGAUAAUAAUGCCAUGCGCAUUCUGCUACACUUUACGCUCUUCUUUUGUGUAAACUAUAUUGCGCUAUUCUUCGUACAGGUAUCAGAACAGGAAACAGAAGGGCAGAUACCUUUCUAUUGGCAGUUCCUGAUUUAUAUGGAAGCGGUCGUUGUGUUCGGCUUAGCCAGCAUUUGUACUAUGUCAGUCGGUAACCAUUACAAAGCGUACAUGACCCUGGGAGUGUUUUGCGUACUGCACCUCGUAUGCGCAUUAUUGAACAUCUGUGUCAUAUACGCAAGGAAGCGAAAAACUCGCCAAUAAAAAGACGUGAACGUUACCUGGUAGGACUGUUGAGUCUACAAUCGACUAUGUAUAAAUUUUCUAUUGCUGUAUUUGUUGUUUGAUUUGCAUUGCUGCUUCUAUACGAUCCCGAGGCUGCAUAAUUAAGACAAAGAGGGUCAACAUUAACGCCGGAACCGCAAGCGAAGGUUGCGUGCGGGUACUGUGCCCCACCAACUAGCAGUUAUCAUUGUCA